GAGAUGCCCGGGGUGGACGGUAUUUCAUUUACCGUCCGCCCCGCGGACGGUAGACGAAACACCGUCCAGUCCGCAUCCCACUCCCGACACCUCUUCCGCGCCGCCCUCCGCCGGGCUACCGUCGGAAUGGGAAAGGGGGAGCGCGGGCUGUAGCCCCCCGGACAGCCCGCACCCGGACGCCGCCGCGACGUGCCUCCCCACCGCGCAUUCCCCCGAGGGUUCCUCCCCGGUCUCCAUCGUGCGGACCAGCUUCCCAUCGAGGUCGAGGAGGUGCUGAAGCCUCAAGGACUUCCGCACUUCCUCUUCCUCAGAGCUACGGCAACGCCUCCAACUUCAAGGUGCUCAGACGUUAGCAUCCUGGACUCACACUUGUAACUGCAGGUGUUAUUCUUAGGGAGUUUGCAGAGGAUGCUUAUUGCAAUGCCCUGAAGGAUAGUGAGAAGCCAGUUGUUUAUGAUAAUCUUGCUUCAGUUUGUGGUCUAAGGAGCAGCCGAUUGAUUUGCGACACUUGUAGGACUAGGCAGUUUGCUUUACCCGGUAUGGCUCUUGAAAUGGAGACGAUGCGGCACUGUCAAUCUUUGUUGUUCUUAUAACGUUGACAAGAUAUUCAGCAUUUGUUAGUGUCGAUCAAGCGUGAGCUACCUUGCGGGGUUCGCGCUCUAUCCAACACCAACUGCGUAGCAUAAGCGGUAAAGCAGUAGCAAAUGUUGCUGCACCCACGACAUCCUGACUCCUGAGGCAACUGGAAAUGGCUUCCAAGCCGAUGCAUCUCCACGCUCCCGCCGCCGCCGCCACCUCUGCUGCCACCGUGCUCUCCAUCCUCCGCGGGGCUGACCCUGACCGCCUCCUCCCAGCAGCCGGCAUCGCCGCAACGCCCACCAUACUCCAGCACCUCCGCCCCGCGCUCCCCACCCUCCCCGACCCCGCGAUCCCCGCCCUUGCCCGAUGGGCCGGCGCCGCCACCGCCGUCUCCCUCCUCGCCUCCCGCGGUCUCUUCGCCGCCGCCUGGCGCCUCCUCCUGGUUAAGCCUCCUUCCUCCCCGCCGCCUCCCCUCGCCGCGUUCGCAUCGCUCCUCCGCCGCUACGCGCGCCUCGGGCGCACCGCCGCCGCAGUCCGCGCCUUCCGCUUCCUGCACGGCCACCCCGACCGCUACACCGUCGCUAUCGAUGGCAAUGGCGAUGAUGGCUCCUCGUCUGCCGCAGAGGUCUCCCCGCUGAUCCUGGCCGUCGACGCGCUCUGCAAGGAGGGCCACCCGCGUGCCGCGGCGCAGCUCGUCGAGCAGCUCCGGCGCGAGGACCCUGCGUGGGCGCCCGACGUGCGGACCUACAACGUCCUGCUCAACGGAUGGUCCCGCGCGCGCCGGCUCGACAAGGUGGAGAAGCUCUGGGCGGCGAUGCGCCACGCCGGCGUGCGGCCGACGGUGGUCACGUAUGGGACCCUCAUCGACGCGCACUGCGUCAUGCGGCAGCCCGACCAGGCGAUGGCGCUCCUUGACCAGAUGCGGGAGGAGGGGAUCGAGGCCGAUCUGCUCACCUGCAACCCCAUCGUGUGUGCCCUCGCACAGGCAGGUCGCUUCGGGGACGCACACAAGGUGCUCGAGAAAUUUCCCCUCUACGGUGUCGCGCCGAACAUCUCGACAUUCAACUCCCUCGUCUUGGGCUACUGCAAGCAUGGCGACCUUGCUGGGGCUAGUAGAGUACUCAAGGCGAUGCUGGGGCGGGGCAUUUCACCAACUGCAAGGACAUACAACUACUUCUUUAUGGUCUUUGCGAGGAAUCACAGUGUUGAGCUGGGGAUGAAUCUCUACAGUAAGAUGGUCAGCAAUGACUAUGCGCCGGACCGUCUCACUUACCACCUUCUCGUCAAGAUGUUCUGCGAAGCGAACCGGCUUGAAUUAACACUGCAAAUGCUCCAGGAGAUGAGAAACAGUGGUUUUGAGCCGGAUCUUGCGACCAGCACCAUGCUGAUACAUUUGCUCUGCCGGCGUCAUCAGUUUGAAGAGGCGUUUGCGGAGUUUGAGCAUAUGUUUGAGAGAGGGAUUGUGCCCCAGUACAUCACUUACCGGAUGCUUAAGAAAGAGCUCAAGCGGCUUGGUUUAGUCAAAUUGGUUCAGAAAUUGACAGAUCUAAUGCGUUCAGUACCACAUUCCACAAAGUUACCUGGCAGUUACAGGGACAAGGAAGGAGAUGAUGCUAUAGAGAAGAAGAAAUCAAUAUUACAGAAAGCACAGGCCGUUUCAGAUGUUUUGAAGGACCGUAAAGAUCUGAAGAAAGCACACAAGAUCCAAAAUCCUGAAGAAACUGAUGUCCAGGUUGCAGAUAGGAUUGUAGCCAACAUUAGGAGAAGAGUAUAUGGAGACGUCUCUAGGAUAGGAGCAUCUCUUUCUUGAACAUUGAUUUGCAUUGUGUACACUCAUAAGUAUUAAUCGUAUGAUGAUGGGUUUAGCAGUCGGUUGCAUUGUUCAUCAUAAAAUAUGAUCAGCUAAGCAGUUCUUACAUGCUUCGGGAUCUCAAUGAAGGUAAUAGUAACGCACAUCAAUUGAUUGAUUA